AUGGCGCAGCACGGGGCGGCACUCGCGGCGCACCUGGCGGCGACGGGCGGCGGCGGCGGGGGAGGGAGCAACAAGCGCAAGAGGGGCGACGAGGAGAGGAAGGUGGUCGAGGAGGUCGAGACCGAGAUCGAGGGCGAGGACUUGACGCCGUACUGCUUCUGCCAGCGGCCGUCGUUCGGCGAGAUGAUCGGUUGCGACGCGCCCGACUGCAAGAUCGAGUGGUUCCACCUCAACUGCAUCGGCCUCAAGGAGUCGCCCGAGGGCUCGUGGUACUGCUCCCAGUGCGAGCCCCGCAUGAAGGCGCAGGGCCGAGGCGGGCGCAAGCGGUGA